AGACUUUUGAUCUACCACACAAAGAAAUAGUAAGCUAUGAUCCUAAGAUGGCUGCUUCGACUCAACCUUCUAAUUCACAAGCCAAGUCGGCUGCCAUGGCACGAGCCAACGAGCUUCAAGCAAGCCUACCAUCUGAGUCACCUAGUUUUGUUAAGUCUAUGCUCCCAUCACAUGUUACCCGUUGCUUUUGGCUGGGGAUGCCCAAGAAAUUCUGUGAUGCAUAUCUUCCGAAGGAUGAUGUGACAGUUGUGUUGCUGGAUGAACAUGAACAAGAAUUCAACACAAAGUAUCUUGAUCGCAAGACUGGAUUAAGUGGUGGCUGGAGAGGAUUCUCAAUUGCUUGCAAAUUGGUUGAGGGAGAUGCUCUAGUUUUUCAGUUGAUUGAGCAAUGGAAAUUCAAGGUCUACAUUGUAAGAGUAAAUGAUCUGAAUGAAACCGAUGGAGCUCUUGGCCUUCUAAACUUAGUUCAUUAUGACAAACAUCAAAGUGAAAAUAUGGAAAUAGAUUCACACGAAGACACUGUUCAAGAGAAUGGCUUAGUAGCAUUUGAGCAAUCCGAAGAGGAUAGUGAGUCUGCAAAUUCUGAUUCAGUAGUUUCUGAAGGACUGCGAUUCUUAGAAUCAGUUAUUGAGUUCAAGGAUAUCAAGUGUGUUGAUGAUUUCAGAAUUGUUGUGGAUGGUUUAGUCAUAGAUUCUGAAAUACCAAAACAUUUUCAGAUCAAAUACUAUGAUUUAUGCAGCAGUCAAAAAACUUAUCUUCAUGAAAACCUCCUCAAGGGUCUUAAUGUUAAGCUAGCUGUUGGAAUAAUUCUUGAAACUAUAACAAUUGCUGAUGCCAUUAGAGCUUGUAAAGCCAGCAUUACUCGUGAUGAUAUAGAAACAUGGGACAAAACUUUGAAGGCAUUUGAAGAAGUAGGCAUGAAAGUUGGGUUUUUAAGAGGCCGGAUAAGUAAGCUUGUGGGACUAUUGUUUGAAUCAAAUGAGCUCUUGGAAGCAAAAAAGAAUGAACAAGUAAAGGCAGAAGAAGAGUUAAGAGUUAUUAACAAAAAGCUUUGUGAGGCUAAAGAGCUGAUCAAGAAUCUUGACGUUGAGAUCGAAAAUUUGGAGUUGAGAGGCCAUGACCUUGAGCCAAUCUUCCAUGAAGAAGCUAAUGCACCUUGGUGAUGUAUCUUCAUCUACAAACGUGGUUUUUGUGUAGAAUGGUAGCAUAUUUUGUGAGCAACGUCUCAGUUUUGGCAUAGGAGGCUUGCACGAUGAACUAAUUUCGUAGGUCAUAGGUACAUUAAGGAUUGCACUACGAACCUCGCAAAUUGUAUGGCUUAGUUUGUAUAAUUUCAGUACUGUUGUCUCAAAUCUUAAUAUAGGUUGGGUUUGUACUAUUCUAGAAAGAGUACUCAUAUAUCCUCCUAACAAAACCCUCCUAAUA